AUGGCACAAAUAACUGAAGUUACGUGGUCUGUGAGUGAGAAAUACAUAAUAGCAUGUGACUCAAUGACAAUGUUUAUAGAGUUUCAAUACUUUGACUUUUUCACAAGAAACAUGGUACCUUUGCAGCAAUAUUGGCCUAUCAGCACCACCAACAUAUGUGAACACAUCAAGUUCGCCGUCGACUGGGACAAUUCUCACCAAGACAAGGCACAGCAGAUUGAAAAAGGAGGAACAUAUUACAUCAUUCACAAUCUCAAAAUGAAGUAUGUGUAUGAUUACAUGUUAUAUCUACUAAAACAAUAUGCUAAGCUCCAAAGAUUCAAACCCAAAAUACCUGAAGGAGUGAAAGAGAUGUGCUCUGAGAGAAUGACAUGUCGCUUGCGCAACGGUCCAAGGAAGAGAUACAUGUAUGAAUCCUUUGUUAGGUCACCAAGUUCCACACUUCCAUAUUUUCUGUCUGUAUUCAGAGUUUGGAAUGGUUUUUCAAGACUCUAA